CUUGGCUCCACUCACCGCCUGCAAAGCCACCGCCAUCUCGGCCUGUCCCGCCGUCUGAUUGGCCAGAAAUAAGCCGUGCCUGGUUGCUUGAUACACCGCCGUGACAAUACCUGAUACGGCGGUACCUCGUCACUGCAAUACAGCGAAACUCACCCAAAAAUACGUCCCCUGAAACGCAAAAACAACAUCGAGAGAAACGCUUCUUCUGGCUGCGUCUUUCUGCGUCUUUCGGCUUCUGCUUCUCGACAUCGCUGUCGUCGUCGUCGCCGCCAGCGUCUUUCUUCUCGUGCUGCUGCUUGCGCUCCGUGAUGGUGACAGGGAAAGGCAAUCGAUGUUCCCGCCCUUAUCGAUCGAUCGCAGGCUAGUCUCAGCGUUACCCAGGAAAGAAAAAAAGGAAGCAGACCGAAGCUUGCUGUGGCGUACCAGGAAGUGGACUCUCUCCACCAGGAACAACUCCAUCUGACAUUUUUCCUCCCUCUUGUCAACAACCUCCCAGCCUGCCACCUCUCGCACAGAGACUCCAGACGCCGACAACCUCGCCCUCGAGACAUUCGACAGCGCCCUCUUCCUCGCUGCGACACCUUUUUGCACCACCGAGUUCCUGCGCUCGAAGCCACUCCCAACCAGGCUGUUGAGCGCUUGGUUGGCCUUUAUCGAAUCGCUUGCCUUAUCACACCGACCAGCAACUCCACAUCAAGACUGAAUACCACGAAAACCUCGGUUUCUUGCUUUUUUGCUUGCUGAAUUGCCAUUGCUGGAUUCUAUCGACUGUCGCUACAUACUUGUGUUUACCCAAGGGGGGAAGAAAAGACGCAUAGGCUCGCUAGGGCAGAAAAGAGUCCCAUCAUGGGGUCGACGCAGUUUGGAAAGUUUCACGUACGCACACCACCGGACCUCACCUUGUUGCUUCUUCCGGGACUGCUUUGGACAGCGCUGGAGCUCAGGCACCCCGGAAAAUUAGGAUGAAUUACUGCGAGGACAUGGCGCUGACUUGGGAGUAUAGGAUUUCUGCCGGGACUCGACACUUCCAGUGUGCAAUGUACGUUUUCCAGCCUUGGCCCUUUAUCGAUCUGGGCGUAGCAGGUUCUAUAUACCAUGUACUGACGGCCAUGACAGCUCUUCAUCCGGGACAAUCAACCACCAAAUGAAAAGUAUGGCGGGUGUGCCUUGACGGGAAUUAAUCUUAGCAGUGGUCGACAUAUCGGAAACCUGGGUACGGCUACGAUAUAUCCCUCGAAAGCUAUCUAUGGUCGAACAUCAUGACUUACCAGAUCCGAUUAGGUUCCAUAUUACUUUGCUUCAUCGCCAUCUUCUCGACACUGUUUUUAAUAUGGCGGUCGGAAAGAAAAAGGGCUGCAGUCGGACGAAGGGAAAUACAACUGUUCCUGAUCGGCUUCAUCAUCAUUUCUAUUUGCGAGAUCUUUUCAGUCGGCGCUUUCCCACUCAGCGACUCUAUUAGAAAGGGCUUUUCCGCGGCUCAUGUUGCUGCCAUCUGUGCCACUGCCUGGCUGCUCCUUCUCAAUGCCAUUGUCGGCUACCAGCUCAUUGAUGAUGGUACCGCCGUCUCACUUGGCCUUCUUGUCACCUCGGCUCUCAUCCUCUUCGUCGGUACUGGGUACAUUGCCCUCGAUACCGCCUUUGCAUGGACGGACCGCUUCCAGUCCAGCCACCGCACCCCCAACCAAAACAUAGGACUAUACAUUCUAUAUCUUCUUUUCCCACUAAUUUGCAUCGUCGGAUUCUUUCUUCUUGAGACCUUCUUGGUUGUCAAGGUGCUCAAGGAGAAGAGACCCAUGCUAUACCUUUCUAUUGCUGGCCUACUCUUUGCUCUGAGUCAGAUUUUCCAAUUCGUUAUUAGCACACACCUCUGCAAUGCCACCGACGGAAAAAUCAACGGUGCCUUCUUUGAGACCCUUUUCAAUCUUGGUGCCGUCAAUAUGGUGUGGGUUUUCUGGAGCAGCAUUACUGAAGAUGACUGGCCAAUGAACGUUGGCGGAGCAUACAGUUGAAUUUGACUUGCCAUGCCUAUCUCGAAUUAACGGAUAUCGCUUAUUACUUACGAGUGAGAUGCCGACAAAGAUAUCCCUUGACGUUUCGAACCGGAAAAUGCAAAUGAAUGAACAGAAUGAAGUAUUUGAAUAUAACGAGAGACGUGAAAGUAAAGAAAGAGAGAUUGAAAAAAAAA